AUGAACGAUACUGUCGUGAGUGAUGACAAAAGGUCGGCUGUUGUCGGACCUGGUGGUCGUUGGUCCAACGUGUAUCCCAUCCUGCAAGAGCAAAACCUCACCAUCCCUGGUGGGAGGAUGUUCGGCGUUGGUGUCGGCGGUCUCACUCUGGGCGGCGGAAUUUCUUGGUUGAGCAACCUCCAUGGCAUGACAUGUGACAACGUCCAAGACUACGAAGUUGUCUUGGGCAAUGGCAGCAUCGUCACGGCGUCUCCGACCUCCCACCCUGAUCUGUACUGGGCUCUCCGCGGCGGUGCAAGCAACUUUGGUAUCGUCACUAAGUUUACCUUCGACGCCUAUGAGCAGGGGAAGCUGUGGACAGGUCAGCUGGAAUACGACAGCGCUGCCAACACGUCCUCCAUCACAGCUUUCGUCAACUGGGGCGAUCAACUCGUGGCAACCGAUCCCAAGAGCUUCAGCGUCCUACUCUGGGACUACAACAAGGACGCUCCUCCUACUGGCACAGCCAUCCUCACACACGCCGAUACCUUCGCCGACAACAAGCACCCUGCAGUGUUUGACGGGUUCUACAGUGCCGAGCCCAGCAACAUCACAGAGACCAACGCAUACCACGCUGAGAUCGCCGACGGCCUCGUAUUCCCGGGCGGCGUGACCCGCAACUCCUUCUGGACGACCUCAUUCGUACUGGAUGCGGGAAUGAUGCAGACGGCCUUCGAGAUCUGGCGCGAAGAGGCUAAGGCCAUCGAGGAUAUCGCAACACAGCAGUUGCAGCUCCAGAUCUUCACGCGCGCCGAGUUCGAGUUCGCGAAGCGUAACGGAGGCAACCCCACCAGCUUCGCUGAGCAAGAACGGCCUCUCGGGUUCCUGAACAUCAUUGCCAUGUGGAAAAACGCCGAGGACGAUAAGAUUGUCUACGCCACGCAGCAGCGCAUUGAGGACCGCGUGAAUGCUGCCGCAAGGGAAAUGGGGCUGUACAACGGGUUCAAGUACACUAACUACGCCAGCCAGUUCCAGGAUCCCUUCACCAGCUACGGAGCAGAGAAUAAGGCACGACUUUUGAAGAUUGCGAAGGACUAUGAUCCGAACGGUGUUUUCCAGAACCUCGUCAGUGGUGGGUUCAAGCUCACGCGCGGGCCUGAACAUGUCUAG